GUCGCUUCCAAUACGUGCCCAGGAUGUGUGAUAAAACGGUGCUGAGAUCUUUGGUGUUGGUGGCGGCUAUGGCUUGCGUAGUCGCACGGCCAGAGCCUCCGACUUCCUACGGCGCGCCUUCUCAAUCUUACAGCGCUCCCUCAUCUUCAUAUGGCGCUCCAGCUCCUCAAUAUGGACCACCCCAGCAGCCGAUAGUCCAUAAGCAUGUAUACGUCCACGUGCCACCCCCAGAUAAUGAAUAUCCAGCGGCUCGUAAACCUAUACAUGUGCCUCCUCCACAGAAACACUACAAGAUUGUGUUCAUUAAGGCGCCCACACCACCUACGCCAACUGCCCCUGUUAUUCCAUUGCAGCCUCAAAACGAAGAGAAGACCCUUGUCUACGUUUUGGUGAAGAAACCAGAGGAACAACCAGAAAUUGUGAUCCCGACACCGGCUCCUACUCAACCCGCUAAACCUGAAGUUUACUUCAUCAGAUACAAAACACAGAAACAAGAGGGAUAUCCAGCUGCUGCACCCCCAUCAGGAGAGUAUGGUGCUCCCGCAUCGGCUCCUUCUUCCGAAUACGGUGCUCCAUCUGGCGGAAGCUCAUACUAAAAUGGACUUUUUGACAUAAUUUCGUGAUCCUUUCCUCUUAAAUAUCUACCAAAAAAUUGUAGAUUUUUACUAAGUCUAAGCAUAAUUACAAUAUUAUUCGCUGUAAAUAUAAUAUUUGAUUGCCUCAGUAUUAGGGUCGUCGUUCAUUUUACUAUCGGUGAUGAUUACAUAAUAUACGCAAUUAUAAUCAACUACUCAUAAAAUGGUCAUAAUAGGUGUAAACUUUACUACGUUUUGCGCUAUUACUUUCACUGGCGGUAGAUACAUCUAUAUGUAUUAGAUAGUCCCUAGCCGAAAAAGAUUUAUGAGAUAGAAGAGUAAGUACAAAUUUAGUGCUUUGUUUGAUUGGUUUGGAUUUACUAUAAGAUUAAUGAGUAACUUUAUGAAUGCAUAUUCGUAUUUUAAUAUUCGCACAAUUUAACAACAAGCAUAGAAUUUGAUAUUCUAUCCGUAUUUUUUUCAAUGUGAGAUAGAAUUACCUAGUGUCCUGUGAAAACAUAAUAUAAUACCUUCCUAAAUUCAUUCUACUGGUGCUCAAUGGAUAGAUAUUAAAGAGUGCGAAAGGGUGCGGUGACCGCUGGCAUUGUGAUAAUAUGCACUGUGCUGCAA